GAGAGGGUUUCCGCUUCCGGCAGUGGCGGGAGCAGCCUCGCUCUGGUCCCUGCGGCUGGCGGCCGAGCCGUGUGUGUCUCCUCCUCCGCCGCCGCCAUAUUGUCUGUGUGAGGAGCGGGGAGCGCGGCCGCGGGCGCUGCCGCUUCCACCACAGUUUGAAGAAAACAGUUCUGAAACAAAGUCUUGCCCCACCUCACAGCUGCCUCUGAACACAGUGACUGCCAGCUCUCCAAACAUCAAGUUCAGCUUUGUUCACCAACCUGUCUGAUAUGUCGGGACCCGUGCCAAGCAGGGCCAGAGUUUACACAGAUGUUAAUACACACAGACCUCGAGAGUACUGGGACUACGAGUCACAUGUGGUGGAAUGGGGAAAUCAAGAUGACUACCAGCUGGUUCGAAAAUUAGGCCGGGGUAAAUAUAGUGAAGUAUUUGAAGCCAUCAACAUCACAAAUAAUGAAAAAGUUGUUGUUAAAAUUCUCAAGCCAGUAAAGAAGAAGAAAAUUAAGCGUGAAAUAAAGAUUUUGGAGAAUUUGCGAGGCGGUCCCAACAUCAUCACACUGGCAGACAUUGUAAAAGACCCUGUGUCACGAACUCCCGCCUUGGUUUUUGAACAUGUAAACAACACAGACUUCAAGCAAUUAUACCAGACGUUAACAGACUAUGAUAUUCGGUUUUACAUGUAUGAGAUUCUGAAGGCCCUAGAUUAUUGUCAUAGCAUGGGAAUUAUGCACAGAGAUGUGAAGCCCCAUAAUGUCAUGAUUGAUCAUGAGCACAGAAAGCUACGGCUAAUAGACUGGGGUUUAGCUGAGUUUUACCAUCCUGGCCAAGAAUAUAAUGUCCGAGUUGCUUCUCGAUACUUCAAAGGUCCUGAACUACUUGUAGACUAUCAGAUGUAUGAUUAUAGUUUGGAUAUGUGGAGCUUGGGCUGUAUGCUGGCAAGUAUGAUUUUUCGGAAGGAGCCAUUUUUUCAUGGACAUGACAAUUAUGAUCAGUUGGUGAGGAUAGCCAAGGUUCUGGGGACAGAAGAUUUAUAUGACUAUAUUGACAAAUACAACAUUGAAUUAGAUCCACGUUUCAAUGAUAUUUUGGGCAGACACUCACGUAAGCGAUGGGAACGCUUUGUCCACAGUGAAAACCAGCACCUUGUCAGCCCUGAGGCCUUGGAUUUCCUGGACAAGCUGCUGCGAUAUGACCACCAGUCACGGCUCACCGCAAGAGAAGCCAUGGAACACCCCUAUUUCUACACUGUUGUGAAGGACCAGGCAAGAAUGGGCUCAGCUAGCAUGCCAGGAGGCAGUACACCUGUCAGCACCGCCAAUAUGAUGACAGGGAUUUCUUCAGUGCCAACCCCUUCACCCCUCGGACCUCUGGCUGGCUCACCAGUGAUUGCUGCUGCCAACCCCUUGGGAUGCCUGUUCCGGCUGCCGCUGGCGCUCAGCAGUAAUGGCCUCUUCUGCCUCCUGAUGCCUGAGCAGAGUGGGCCACUAUCCCUCAGUAUUGAAGAUGAUUGACUGGAGUAGCACAAGAACAAUGCUUAGCACCACACCAGAUUCAUAAUAGAUGCUCAAUAAAUGGUAAUUUCAUUCUCUGUUCCUAUCUCUACCUUACCCUUCCCCACCACACAAAAAGUUAAUAGAAGUACUGUUGCAUAAAGAGCAUCUCAAGGUCAGUAGAAACUUGACCUGAGACUUGCAACUGUAAUUAUAAGCCACAAGCCCCAGACUGAAUUAACAUAAGAAAAGGUUGGUUUAAUGAGUAGUUGGUGAAAUUAUAUGUGACUGGAGGCUAAACAAUGAUCCUGACCAGAUUUUGUACAGAAAAUGAUGCCACAUCUAAAGGGAUGCUAUACUUUUAUGGGUAAAAUGGCUGUAAAGUGUCUAGAAAGAAAAAAUAUGCAUACAUUAAACAUAACAGGUUCUCAACAGAUGCAGGUCAAGGGUCUAAUUUGAAUUGCCUUGUUCUCACCCUCUGUGAUUUCCCUCUAAGAUUCUAUCACUCUGUCUCCUGAAUUUUUAAUUUUUCUACUAAAAGCCAAAUAUUCUUGCACUGGAUUUGCCUCUCUGUGGCUAUAUUCACCAAGGAUUCUUACUGGCCUUACUGUAAAAAGCUCUCCCCAGCUACCUCCAUAUGGGAGUUUAUAGGAAUGCCAGUCUGUUUAUUGAAGAGGUUCCUAAGGCGAUUGGGUAUUUCUGAGUCAGCUUCAUUCUUACAUCACCUGCUUUGGCAGUGUUUUCUUGGCUCCUCUAAAAAGGGAAAGCAACAGUAGCUGGUAAGUGAUUCAGAGUCAAACAUUUGUAGGCUUACCUAGGAAGGCAGGACCUUGCUUUUGUGUAUUGAGCAGUUCUAUGAAGGAAUCCAGAUAGCCACAUCUCAUGUAUACCUCAUUCUGUUCCUCAUUCACCCCCUCAUCUUCUUCUCAACCCCAGAGUUCCUUACGUACUCCCCUGUAUGAUGCCUUGCAACAGACAUUUGUUGUCCAUGAGACUCAAUCCUAAGGGGACAAAUGUUCUUUUCAAAUACAAAAGCAGGAAAUGAAAUUGUGUGUAAGGAAUCAUUUUAUUUGUGUCUUAAAAAAAAAAAAAAAAAAAAAGUUCCCCAGGGGGGAAUAUCAGAUUGCCCAGUCAAAAUGGUAGUCAGCGAACUCCUCCUGCUCCAGAUACAUGAGGGUGCUGACUAAAAUAACAGUUUACUUCCAAAUCAAUAGCCAAGUUCAAGGAAAGAAAUGGAAAUCCCUAGUUGGCAGAAACAAAUUCAGAAUUCAUCCUGAAGGUAAGUGGAUGUUGAAGUCACAGUGGCCCCUAAGACACCAGGCUUGCAAGCAGAUGAGCCUUAGCUGAUAGGGUUAGAAUGCCCCCAGGGAGAUAGGAGACAACCUCUGGGUCUUUCAAGGUGGAAACUGAAACAAAUACCUGGCGCUUGACAGGGCUGUUUUAGAAAAAAGGACUAGAAGAAAACAAAAUAUUAACUAGUUGCCUUGGGGUUGAGGUUAAGAUAGAUAGAUGUCACAGAAAAACUCAGUAGAAAGAAAGGAGUCCUGAGCUCGUGGGGAAGGGAAAAUAGUCAAGGAGUCCUUCCUCGAGGAGGGGCUGCUGGAGCUGGCUAUAGCAUCAAUCUGCCAAGGCCAGCACCUGAGAUUCGAGCCCAGUUCUCUUAGUUCUGCUUUCUGGAAUGCUUUUGCAUACCUGUGCUGCCAGGAAUCCCUGUUCAAAUUUCUAGCCAGCCAAUGUAGAUAAACUUUUUUCUUUCUCUUGCUUUUGUUCUCCGGUCAAAAGCAAGAGAAAAAUUUUAUUCUCACAAAUUUCUAGGUCAGCUGAUCUAGGUUCAACUGAUAUAUACACAAGGCUCAGCCAAGCAGCUCUACUUCCGGUUGAGGACUGGCUGGGCUGAGCAACUAUAUUGAUUGGAUUUGGGUUUGUUCCAUGUUGGGGGCAGCUCCUUCUGGGUCCCAUGCUGAAGUUGCAUCAGCUACCCAAGGCAUACUCUUCUUCUUCUUGUUUUUUUAAUCCUCACCCAAGGUUAUGUUUUUACUGAUCCUUAGAGAAAGAGGAAGGGGGAGAAAGAGAAAUAUUGAUCAUUUGCCUUCCCUACAGAACCCAACUGGGGAUCAAACCUGCAGCCUUUUGGUGUAAAGGAUGAUCCUCCAACUGAGCCACCCUAAGGCUGCGCUUGUGGAUUGCUGGAGCACAAGAGGCCAAGUAAAAUCACAUGGGCAAAGAAAUAUUUGGAGGAAUAAAUGUUGGGAAUUUUCCAAAAUUGACAGACACUACACCAUAGAUCCAAAACACUCAACACCAAGCAGAAUAAAUUUAUAUACACAAGGCAUAUCGUGUUCAAAAUGCUUACACAGAAAAUCUUAACCCAGGAAUAAAGUGGCAUAUACAAAGGAUUCUUAAAGACAAUGGAAUUGCUUUAGUGUUGAAAGGAAAAAAAGAAAACCCAGAAUCCUAUGCCCAAUACAAAUAACUUUAAAAAAAAGGAAAAAUGCCUUUCUCAGAUAAAAACUGAAGAAAUACAUUGCCAGAAGACCUAUAAGAAAUACUAAAGGAAAUUUUCCAGGCAUAAGGAAUAUGACACCAGACAAAUUUAGAUCUAUACAAUAAAAUUAAGAAUACUGAAAUGGGCCCUAGCCAGUUUGGCUCAGUAGAUAGAGCAUUGGCCUACAGACCAAAGGGUCCUGGGCUCGAUUCCAGACAAGGGCAUGUACCUUGGUUGCAGGCUCUACCCCAGUCCAGUCCCUGAUUAGGGCUCAAGCAGGAGGCAACCAAUGAUGUGGUUCUCUCUACAUUGAUGUUCCUGUCUUUCCCUCUCUUUUAACUCUCCCUAAAAAUUUUCUCAGGUGAGAAUUAAAAAAAGAAUACUGGGAGUGGAAUAAAUGAAAAAAUUUAAUUACCUUUAUUGAAGUUGGCAAACUCUGUAAAGGAGCAGAUAAGUAUUUUAGGUUUUGCAGUUGAUGAUUUCUACUGCAACCACUCUACUGUUGUAGCAUAAACAAACAGUCUUAGGCAAUAAGCAAAUGAGCAUGGCUGUUUCAAUAAAACUAUUUUUGAACUGAGAUUUAAAUUUCAUAUUUUACGUGCCACUAAUCUUGAUUUUUUUUUUUUUUUUCCUCUCUCCAUUUAAAAUUGUUAAAGGCCAUAGAAUGUCAAGUAGCGGGCUGGUUUUGGUUUGUGAAUGGACCAUCCUUUGCUAACCCCUGGUCUAAAGCAAAAAUAUUAGCAAUGAAUUGUGUGUUUAUAACAUAUGGAUAAACGAAUUGUAAAAUCAUACGAUGAAAUGUUGAGCAAUAAAAAAAUAAACUUGAUACAUGCAGCAACAUG